AUGGCUUCCCGUCCCCAGAACAUCGGCAUCAAGGCCAUUGAGGUCUAUUUCCCCAGCCAGUAUGUCGAGCAGUCUGAACUCGAGAAGCAUGAUGGCGCCAGCACUGGCAAGUACACGAUCGGCCUCGGCCAGACCAAGAUGGCCUUCUGCGACGACCGUGAGGAUAUCUACUCUUUCGCUCUGACCGUGGUGAGCAACCUGCUCAAGAAGUACGAAAUCGACACCAACUCCAUCGGCCGCCUCGAGGUCGGCACCGAGACCAUCCUCGACAAGUCCAAGUCUGUCAAGACUGUCCUCAUGCAGCUCUUCGGCGACAACACCAGCAUUGAGGGUGUCGAUACCCUCAACGCCUGCUAUGGCGGCACCAAUGCCCUGUUCAACACCCUCAACUGGAUCGAAUCCUCCGCCUGGGACGGCCGCGACGCCAUUGUCGUCGCUGGUGACAUUGCUCUCUACGCCAAGGGCAACGCCCGCCCCACCGGUGGUGCCGGUGCCGUCGCCCUCCUCGUCGGCCCCAACGCUCCCAUCGUUGCCGAGCCUGGCCUUCGCGGCACCUACAUGCAGCACGCCUACGACUUUUACAAGCCCGACCUGACGAGCGAAUACCCCUACGUCGACGGCCACUUCUCCAACAAGUGCUACACCAAGGCCCUUGACGCCGCCUACCGUGACUACAACAAGCGGGAGGCCAAGGUCGCUAACGGCCACGCCAACGGCGAUGCCGCCAAGCUGUCCCUGGAUCGUUUCGACUACCUCGCCUUUCACGCCCCCAACUGCAAGCUCGUCCAGAAGUCCUACGCUCGCCUGCUGUACCACGACUACCUCGCCAACGCCGACAACGCCGCCUUUGCCGAGGUCGCCCCUGAGCUGCGCGACAUGGAGUACGAGACGUCUCUGACCGACAAGGUCGUUGAGAAGACCUUCAUGGGCCUCACCAAGAAGAAGUUCCAGGAGCGGGUCAGCCCCGGCAUCCAGGUCGCCACCCUCUGCGGCAACAUGUACUGUGCCAGCGUCUGGGGCGGUCUCGCCAGCUUGAUCUACCACGUCGACGACGCGGCCCUUGUCGGCAAGCGCGUCGGUCUUUUCAGCUACGGAUCUGGUCUUGCCUCCAGCUUCAUGUCCUUCCGCAUCGAGGGCAGCGUCGCCCCCAUCCAGAAGGUUCUCGACAUUCGCUCCCGACUGGAGGCCCGCCGCGUCCUCAGCCCCGUGGACUACGAGGCGAUGUGCGACCUUCGUAAGAAGGCUCACCUGCAGAAGGACUUUACCCCUGCAGGUGAAGUCUCCACCAUCGCCCCUGGCACGUACUACCUCGAGAAGGUCGACGAUAUGUUCAGACGCGAGUACUCUAUCAAGGCUUAG